AUGGCGCCUAGGAGAAAUUGAUUCUACCAAGUUAUACAGUGUUCCCUUGGUUGCAAUCCUGCGAGUAAUGUGUAACGUUCUUCUUUAAGCGCGAAUUGGGUGAUUAACUUCAAUAUACAUUAUCGGGUUGAAGAAAGUAAACUGCUACUAGAGUACAUCUAACAACGCAUUCCAUUCUAAGGGCGCGACGCUAUGGCUGAUACAGAAGAAGCAGCGCUAUUUGAAGGAGAAGAGUUUGAAGUAGUAGACGAGUGCAUUGAUGAUGAUGAAGCAGCGUCUGUUAAGGAAUCACUAAAAGCCACACCGGCAAAGGCUAUCGAAGAACCCAAGAGCACUGACAAUGCACCAAUGCAAAGUACAGAAGAGUCGAAGACUAAGAGUGCUGAAGAAUUAAAAUCUCCUGAUAUCGUGGAAACAAAAGAACCUCCUAAACCCGCAGAUUCACCCCAGCAAAAGAAACUGUUGACUGAAAAGCGACUUUCACUGAAACAACAAAACCCCCGUCUUCGAAAGCCGAUCGACUUUACAGCUGACAUUUCUAUGGAUCAAUUAGAUGCGCCAGGAGAAUAUAUGACCGAUGAAGAAAUAAUGAAUCAUCUGGAUGAGAUUGAAAAUAUCGUACUAGAUGGAACAGGUUUUGUGCUUCAAGAUGAAGUCGAUACAACCAAUACAACUCCAAACACAUCUGAAGUAAUAGCGCAGAAGAGCAAAGCAACAGCAGAUCCGUCGAAACAGCCAGAAAACAAGCAAUCAGAGGAGGUGAAGAGUAUGAGCAAGAAAGAAGACAACAAAGAGGACCCAAAUGAAGCCACAACUCAAAAAAUGGAAGAGAAAUCUCAGACUACCGAAUCGGAAUCCAAAGAUUCCAACGUAUCGGAAUCCAAAGAUUCUAACGUAGAUUGGUACGAGAAAAAGCUGGAAGCAAAAGUUGCAACGGUGAAAGACCGAUUGUCAAAAUUAGCCCGUGUUCUUGAAUUUUCUUAUCCACGGUAUAAAGGGUACUUAGACCGAAAUGAAGCUAUCACUGGAACUCCCGUUUGUCGAUUGGACCAGCCACGACGAUGCCCGCUAGAAAAACCACACACCAAUCGGUGGAAAUUUGUGUGCAACAGAAAGCCUGUACAAGAAUCAACAGAGAAGCAAAACUCUAGCAAGGAGGAGACUCAUUCAGGGAACAGUGGCUCUACAAUGUGGCGGCUGACUCCAACCGGUGUAUGGGAUUCUGAUACCGAUAAUUCUUCUGAAUAUCCGCCUUUUGUAAUGAAAGCAGUUAAGGUGUUCGAAGACUUUCUUCAGACAACACAAUCCGUUGAUGAACAAGCUUCACAACCAUGUAGUGAAACUGCCGUUGUUACUAAUGAAGAUUCAAAGUCUGAAGAUCCAUCUGCACGUAGCGAUACAGAUGAGAAAGAAACUGUAAAGCAGGAGUGGCUGUGGCUUUUAGUCAGAUGUAAUCGUGCUGAUGAACUAAUGCUCUUUGCCACUGGAAGAAACAUUGAUCGUUCAACUAUGGAUGAUUUGAAACAGGUUUAUGAAGUUGGUCCAGGCAAAGACUGCAAGGUUAAAUCACUCUACUGCAAAUCUGUUACAAAAACUGGAGGUACAACGAAUACCACUACAACAUUUUUAGUUGGGUCUGAAGCUUUAGAUGAGGUGGUUGGUGGCAUUAAAAUACAACUGGCGCCUAAGACAAAUUUCUGGUCAAAUGCAGCAGGCGCAGAAAGUCUGGGAAAUGCUGUUGCCGACUUGCUAGCACCUACAUCUAGAACAACAGUUGUUGAAAUAGGGUGUGGAACAGGACUCAUUGGGCUUAUGCUUGCAUCUAAAUGUCAUCAAGUUAUUGGACUCGAUUCACCAUCUGAAGUAGAAGAAGCUGAAAUGACUAGUGAAUUGAAUGGUGUUAAAAAUGCUUCAUUUGUAAUGGGCGAACCUGCCGAAGUGAUGGCUACAAUUGCUCAAGUGUUGUCAAACUGUAAGGCUGCUGCUAUUGUAAACACCAACACUAAUAUAGGCAGAGCCAUUGAAGUAAUGACGGAUCUGCGGAAGAUACUAUCAUUGAAGCGGCUUGUAAUGGUAACAACUUUGACAAAGCAGUCUGUUCGUUCGAUACUGGAGUUAGCACGACCGGGUAAUGGAAAUCUUGGAAAUCCCUUUAUACCCAUUCGUGCAUGUGUUGUGGACACUUUACCAAUUGGGCCACAUUUUGAGGUUGUUAUAUUGAUGGAACGUCGGUUGAUUAACAAAUUUCCACGGGUUUGGGUCAAUCCGGCUACUUCAGCGUCAUUAUCGCAAGAAAAAUCAAUUCCAGAUAAAGGAGUAAAAACCUUGACUACCCAAGGUACAAGUAGUCCCGCUAAAAAAGCAAAAGUUAUGUUGAAUAAGGUAGCAAAAAUAGUUGAACCUCCUGUGAAGAAAUAUGUUGACAAGGUAGAACCUUUACCGAAGAAAGCUAAGUUUACUCCAGGUUUUACCAAAAAAUCUCAAUUCAUUCCUCCGAAACAAUUAAAGGAGACUCCAUUACCACCAGUCAAAAAUAAAUUUAAGACAAAGAGAGUUCACUCUCCAGAGAGGCCACAUGUGCCUCCUAAAAAGUUUGCCCCUAGGUUCGAAAAAGGAAACUUCAAACCUUGGGCUGUGGGUAGAGUUUCUCCUGAUUAUAGAGUGCACGAAGAUAGACGAGUUAUGAAUAAGUUUGAAGAUCCCGCACGAAGAAAUUUCACGUACAGAAAUCGAAGUCCCAUGAUGAAGAAGGAACAAAAAUCACGGGGUUGGAGCGUAGAAAGCAUCGUGCCUCGCGGAAGCCCAGGUCAUGAGAAAAGGUUUCGAGAUCACAAGGAUCAGUCUGAUUUGCGGGAAAGAUUAUCUAGUAACCGUAUAGAGCCUGAGAUCAUGGAAAAGGUUAAAAAACAGCAACAAAUGCUCGACAUGGCUCAGCAAAAAUUGAGCGGACCAGCUUCUACAGUAGACGUUGCUACGGCUAAGCAACUUCAGAAUAUGUUGAAUAUGGUGCUCGAACAGACAAAUAAAUUGCAGAGCCAACUGCCGCGUUCUGUAUGGGACCGUAUUGCACCUCCUGAAAAUGUUUCCAGCUCAUCAAAUAUGCAGCCACAGAACGAUCCGUUACUCAAAGGUCGUUAUGUUCAGGAAAUGGGGACUCAAGAUAUACUAAUCACAACAGCGAAUAGAGAGUUUACGAAACCCGACGACUCAAUGUCUAGGGGAAAUUAUGACAGAUUCAACAAUGUCGUACCCUCAAGGAAUGCUAUGAUGGCAUCUGGUUCACAACAGGAUUCUGGUGGAAAUAGGUUCCAGAAUACGGCAUCUGACAGGUAUCACAGUCGCGAUGGAAAUUACAAACAACAGGAACAGGGAGGCCAUUGGAAACAGAUGGAGAAAAAUCGGUGGGAAUCAUUCCAGCCAAUGAAAAAAAAUUCGCCACCCAUCAGGAAGCAUAUUUCACCGCCGCGGCAUCAAAUGUCUGUAAUGGGAAGACCCAUAUCACCUCGACGAGUUGCGUCACCGAUCAGGCGGCCUCUAUCGCCACCUAGACGCCAGAUAACACCGCAAAGAAGACACAUGUCACCGAUACGACGUCAGUUGUCACCGCCAAGGCGUCAGAUGUCUUCACCACGUCGACAGAUAUCUCCGCCAAGGCGCCAGAUAUCACCCAGACUUCAAAUCUCUGAAUCAAGACGCCCGAUUUCACCAUCCAGGAGGGCUAUAUCUUCUCCUAGACGCGUGUUGUCUCCUACUAGACGCCACAUUUCACCUACGAGACGUCAGAUGUCACCGCAGAGAAGAAUGGACGACGACUGGGAUAUACCAAGUAGAGGCGCAGUUGAGCAGAACACUUGGCAGAGACCCGCUGAAAGAUUGCCCGAAAAAAGAUGGCACGACGAGAGGCAGCAGCCUGUCACUUCUAAUUGGGAACAUCCUCCAGGUAAUGAUAGGUAUCGGAAAUCUAUGAAUCAGGAAAAAUGGGAAAUGAAAGAUGGAGGUCACGAUGCAUCAUGGAACAGUGGCGGUGGUAAUGGUGAUACAUGGGCCAGCAAACAGUCUACAGCUGUCCCUAAUAAAGAACAUUGGCAACCAGCUACUGAAAACAGAUGGCAAAACUCAUCGGGAGGAGUAAACGGAGACAAUUGGAAUAUUAAGGGGAAAGAAAGCUUCCCACGACCGUUGCCAAGAGAAGAGUGUAAGCCUGUAUGGGGUGACGGAGGGAAACCUAGAUGGGGGGAUCAGAUAGGAUCUGCAAAGGAUUCAUGGGGAGGUCAAGCUGAUAAAGAGGAUUGGAAUGAUCUUCCUGAUGACGCUAAGGAUCCUUGGGGAGAUGACGGUAACAAUACCAGCAAAGAUCGUUGGCCCAAGUAUGACAAUAAUCCGGGCCCAUCUUCUGGAUGGUCUAGGGAAAAUCAGGCAGGGGAUACAUGGGCUAAGCCUGGUGAUGGUUGGCAAAAUAAACCUGGGCCUGGUAACAAGUCCCAAUGGAAUUCAUCCCAGGGUGGUCCAGCUGUGAAUGAGUCACGCUGGAUAUCAAACGAUGGCACUAAAAAAGCUUCAGGAACUUGGCAAGGAAAUUCAGGACUAAAUAACAGUUGGCAACCACAAAAUUAUCCUGGAUUUCAACAAUCCAGAUCUUACAAUCCCGGCUCCUUUAAAGAUCGACGCCAAUACGAAUUUUGUGUAUACCACAACCACGAACAAAGCGUGCGAAUCGAAAAUGGAAUGCUUCACGUGAUUCCUAGUCUACUCGAAGAUUCAUAUGGAGAAAGUGCUACCGCGGUAGGCACCAUGCCCCUGGCUGGAGUGUUGAUGAACAAAAUACAUAGUUCGAAGUAUAAAGAACUGUUUGUGAAUAAUAUAACCGUUCAAAAUGAUUUUUAUUUCACAUAUAUUAAUGUAUCAAUCAUUUCAACUUCCAGUACGGAAGAGUACGAGAUUCGUGCGAAGUUUCCAGAAGGCGAUUGGCUUUAUCCAGAAUUAUGGCUGCAGCCGAAGAAUCCUACACAAUUUUCGGAAUUUGGAAGCGUUUACGUGCGGCUGGGAAUAGCGCGUGGAAAUCGGGUGCUGACAGGAACGAUGGGAAACUAUGAUGGGCGCCUGUUGGAAUUCGGUUUAAGAGCUGGUUCGCCACCAAACUUCCAGGACGUGGAGAUUCGGAAAUUUUCAUAUACCACAGGUCAUUGGACUUCCGGAUUCCAUGUAUAUUCUACUACUUGGAACGCGGAUGGAUUCGUGUUUCACGUCGAUGCCGAAGAAGUCGGUCGCUUGACCCCUGGACCGAACAACUGGUUCAGCAAUAGCAAUGCCUCAUCAGGAACAAGAAAUAAGAUGACACCUUUCGACGGUCAGUUUUACAUCACUUUGGGGGUUGGCGUUGGUGGAUUACGUGACUUUCCGGACAAAUUACGCAGCGGUGAUGACAUCGGAUAUGAAAAACCGUGGAAAAACAUUGCAGCCAAGGCUUUGCUUCGGUUUUGGGAAGCAAAAAAUCAUUGGUUACCAAGUUGGCGAGAUUCGAAUAAUGCUGGUAAAUCGCAUCUGCAGAUCGAUUACGUCCGGAUUUUUGCACUCUGAAGAUUUGCUGUUGCACAUAUCCUGCAGUGAUCGAAGUGUUUGACCGACAUUUAUUAUAUAAAUAGAGAAUGAAUAUAUUUCGUCCUCUUCUUCGCGACGGAAUCCGUAUAUGAAUUUUACAUUCAAAGGAAAAAAGUUUCGAUCUCAUUCUGACAGAUAUUUAUGUAAAUGAUCAUAAAAUUCGAAUGAAAGUUCAUAUGAUAUCGUAGUUAGGUGAUGACAAGUGAAUUGGAAUGGACAAAUAUGUUUCUAGUUGUAAUCGAAUUCGCGUGUUUCAAUACUUUGAGUAUGGGAAACAUAUAGUACAAUAAUACGCUCGUAUGUAGAGCGUGAAUCAAAGUAGGUGACUCAUUUUUUUUAUACAGUUUAUUUUUUAAAUAAAUAGAUAUACCAAAACUUUAGUAACAAAUACAGAAUUAUACAGGAUAAUAAUGACUAAACAAUGUACAUUAACGUGUUCGUUGAGAUCGCUAUUAUAUGCCAUGGAAUUAUCAGUCUGGCGUUAAUCACUUAUCGGCCAAUGUGAAUUGUCGUUGUAUCUAUUUUACACCUGUAUCGUUGAGUUUUAAAGCUGAAUUCACAUUGGUACUACAUCUGCAAUGGUUUUUCUGUGAAUAAAAAACCCAUUUAAGUUAUAUAAAUAACUAUAAAUAUGAAGUCACUUCCAAAAAAUCAUGUGAAAGGCUUGGCAUGAAUUCAUAUGAAAUUGCCUCGUUGUGCUUCUUCAAUUAAAAUAAUGAAUUUUAUUUACCCUGUAAUUAUAAUGCGGGUGGCCGGAAGACGCUCCCGAAGAGAAUCAUGCUUUGACCCAAUUGUGGGGUGAAGUGCAGAUUCACUCGAUGGUGCGCUAACCAUUUUUAGGCUACUCAAGUCGUAUCCAACGAUAGCCUGACAAUCACAUAGUUGCCAGAUUUGGGACGAUUUCAGUGCCAUCCAAGUGACCUGCCGGUGCAAAAAUACCAAUUUUUUUACGGUAUUUAUCGUCUUUUAGAUUUUACGACCAGGGAAUAUGUUAAGAUCACUGUUCAGAUUUUAUUAAAGAUUUGCGAAACAAUUGAUGCUUAGGCUUUUUACUUCAGGAACGUCAAUUGUCGCGGUUAUAGGUAUUUAUUCCGAACAUCGUUACGAGUUCCUAAUAAAAUACUUAACAUGAAGCGACUGACAAUGAAAUGAAAUUUUUAUU